GUUGAAUUUUACUACUUGUUACUACAGACAGGCGUCUGUUUUAAAAUAGUUCCCUUCAGCUAGACUCUAAGAAUAGUGAGGUCUGCUCUUUUUUUAUCAUUGGUCAUUGCACAGUUACAACACUAGGACAGAACUCACAUUUAGAUGGAAGGACAAGAAAUAAUGUGGACAACUCAGCUGGACAAUUUUAAUGAUAAAACGGACCAACAAGUAAUGUGAGGAUUUAAAACUGACAGGAAGGCGAUCCAGAGGCUAUGCAUCUGGUGGUGUUACAGUUCUUGGCUGGGUUCUUUGGAGCUCUAACUUCAAUGUUUUUGUUGGGGUCUCUUGGGUCUGAUUACUGGCUUUUGGUAUCUGAAUCCUGUGCCAAAGAUGAUGCGACUGUUUUCAGGAGAGUCACAGAGAAUAUGCAGGAUAUACAACCAGAUGGAAGGCACCAGUCUGAGAAUACCCUUUUGCUCUAUCAUGAAGGGCUCUUUUGGAGAUGUUCUUACCAGAAGAGUUCAGACGGAGAGCAGGAAAGCAUGUUGGCGUUUUGGAUUACCAAUCAGGCAUCCCAGAAGGUUUGCAUACCAGGCUACCUGUCCCACGCUCCUGUCUCUGAAUUUACCAAUUACUCUUCAACUUCAAAUUAUGCCACAGUGCAAAGGGCAUUUUGGUGUGUCAUUUUUGUGCUGGGAGCCACGUCUGUGUUGAUUGGAGGAUUUGUCACUAUCUGUGCAACCACGAGGACCAGCCAUCGCCUGUAUGAGGCUGCAGGGGCUCUCUUUAUAACCGGGGGUGUCUUAAUUCUGUUUGUAGUGCUGAUGUUUGCUGUGUGGAUGCAGGUGUCAGACUCUUUAGAGAGGUACGGCCUCCAGCGCAGGCGGUUAGUGUGUUCCAGUCUGCAGCUCAGUGUGAACUAUGGUCCAUCCUUCAUGCUGGCUCCUACCGCUGCCUUCCUCAGCCUUCUGACUGGACUGUUCCUUCUGCUCAUUUCAUCCAUUAGUAGGGCAUCAACUAGGAUCACGGAGAAGAUGAUGUGCUCACUACGAGAGGAAUGUGUGUAGUAAUGUUGUGUUAAAACAGGAGUACGUCUUUUCGUCGCAAUGUCCAAAUUGUGUUGCAUUUACCGCUUUUGAAAUAAUAACUGUUUAGUUUCAGUUAAAGCUCAUUAAAAAUGCAAAAUACUUUUAUGCUGAUCUAAGCACAGCUUGUACAUGAUCUGAAUCGGACUUUGUGUUCUAAGUGAGACAGGACAUUCUGGGUACCCCAUAUCACUAUCCUAGCUCGCAUAGAGGAUACAGAAGAACUAAAUACAUGUUUAUUAUAGCAGUGUUUAAUACAAAAUAGCUACAAUUUGGAAAUUUUACAACAGUAUACAUUUGUUUUUCUCUGAGCCGAUCCUUCUACGCAGACUAUGCUGGUUGUGUAGGGCACCUGCACCACCAGGGGCCCCCUUGAGUACGGAAUCAAAAACACUAUUGUAAACAAGACACUAUUUUUAUUACUAGCGGAUUCAACUUUAGAGUAAUCAUUUGGGAAUGUCCUUUUUAAUACUUCAUUUAUUUAAUUACUGUUACAUACUCGGAUAUCAUGCUGUGGGUGGCAGGUCACCAAAUGACAUGCGCAUGAUGUGCUGAUAUGUGUCUUUACUAUGACCAUGGCUUUAAAACGGAGCUAUCCUUCUGGGCGGAGAAAAAGAUGUCAACAACGCUAAGCAGAAGAACGAGAAGGCUUGUGUUUUUGUACUAUAUUUUGUACUUAUUUAGUUUUGCCAAAUUAUGCAAUGAAUUACUUACGAAACAAUUCUCCAGUACAGAUUUACAAAUUCAGUAUUUGCCCACUAUUCCUUUGCCCAUGAUAGGCUAAUAUGUAAUUUUUAGCACAUUUAGAGAAUUAUUGACGUGUUUUCAUAUGCUUAGCUUUUUUGAGAAAACUGUAUUUAUCAUGCUUUAUUUUUGUUAGUAAAUCCUUCUUUAAAACACAGCGUUUGCGUGUUAUAGUUUUUUUAACAGCUAGAUGGUUCCAGAGCCACAUGUUAGGUCAAUCAAAAUUGUAAUUCAAUUUUAUACUUAAUUGUUUAAGUAUAAAAUUAACCCCUAGUUUAAUUUUCUUUCAGUCUUCAUUCAUUUGAGUGUGUUAAUUGAGUUAUUAUUUUUUAUUUCUUACAGUUUACAAUUAUGUUUAGGCCUAUAUCAAAUAUUAAUUACUUGUACAAGGGCCCCUCACAAGUUUGCUUAGGGCCCCCAGAUGUCUAGGAUCAGCACUGGUUUUUCUGCUAUUAUGUAUUUACAAGCAUAUGUACUGUAUGCCAUAUCAAAUGAACUCUGUCUAUAUGUUGCAUUAUUUUAUUUAUUUUUGUUUUGUAAACAUUUUUAUUGUUAUAUGGUUAUGUAUUUGAGGUGCCCUGAGGUGUCUCUACAUAUGUCUGUUAAGGAGGCCAAAUGUUUCAACAUAUCAGCCAUCCUCUCAUUUAAAACAACAAAAAAAUGUGUACAGCAAAAGUUAUAUUUUAACAACAUUUUACCAUUUUAAACUGCAAAAAUAAUUGCAGGAAUUCAAGCUGAACAGUUGCAUAAAUAGCUCGCCUGUGGCUGUAAAAAAAUAUUGUUGAUGUUACUUUAAUACAACAUUUUAAGAAUUAAAUAAGUUGGAUUGAGUGUGCAAAAUAUGAAAUAAAGUAAUUUCUA